ACCGAGAGAGCUGACGUGCUAUCUCGGAUUGGUGUACCCUAGGCCUUGUCCUUCCGAGUUGUAGAGACAGAGAUUUUGUGUGUGACUGGUCAAAUCGCUAUUGUUAGGCAGAUGGAACUCUGUGGAGCGUAUCAAAGGCGGAUUAGCUCAAUUGUCCACCACAACCACAGCUUGUGUUGUGGAUUCUAGUCUAAAUUAACCUGUCAGGCUGACCGUAGCAAUAGUUUUUGGCCUUUGGUUUGUGAGGUCAACGGGUGGUCAAGGGGUACGUAGGCCUGUUAAUUCAAGCAUGUCGAACAUGUGUAUAUAUAUGAUACAUACAUGUAAGCUGACGUAACCACUACAGUGUCAGUUGCCUGUGGCAUCUACGAUUUGGCCUGAAGUGAUAGUUCAAAGUGCCAACACAUUGUGAUUGACAUCUUGCAGUUCAAACAAUUAACUGUCCGAAAGCUUUUAAAAGGGCUUGUUUUGUGCUGAGACAGGCAAUUGCAUGGUCACUUGUCAGCAGAUCUGACCAGUUUCGACUUCAGUGUGAAUUUCAUUAGAUCUUCAGUAAGCAGUGGAAUUACGUUAUCCAGUUUACACAGCCAUCCUCUACAUAUACAGCAACCAUGAGACUGCCCAUUGUUUUGUGUGACGUUGUGGAUAUCUCUGUCCGAAACCCUGUCAAGGUGGUUUGUGAGGAGAAGUACACCACAUAUGAGAUCGCAGUGCAGACCACCAAUAUUGCCUUUUCUCUGUCAAGUUCGGUCACACGUAGAAGGUUCUCAGAAUUUUGCUGGCUGAGGAAACAGUUAAAAGAUCAUCACCCACAACUCAAACCACCAGAAUUACCAAGGAAGACUUUCUUUGCGGAGAGAUUUGAUCCAGAGUUCAUCUCCAUCCGUAUGAAAAGUUUGGAAGAUUUUCUGACAAGAUGUGUUGAGGAAAGACUCUACUUUUCCGACUCCUCCUUGCAUCUGUUUAUACAAUCAGACUUGACUUGUUCACAAAUUGAUGAUUACCUGGAAGGCAGACUGAGCCAGGAGGAGGUCAAUGAUGCACGCAGCAGGUGCAGCACAAGUGGCAAGAACAAAGACUAUGAAGAUGUGUCUGAAGACAUAGAGAACUCUGAAGCUGAUGUGAGGGUACAGGAGACUGAGGCCAUGGCAGCACCAGAGGGCUCUCUACCUCUAAGGGUCACACCCACGGAACUUGAGGAUGCCACCAGUAAUAGCAGUGGCAGUGUUUCAGACAGUCUAGAGUCGGAUAUGUAUUUGUCGUGUGCAGUGGGACCAGGUAGUAUUCAGUGAUCAGUGUGAUGGAAGAUUCUUGAGAUAUCAGUCACAGGCAAGCUUAAACCAAUGAGUACUCAGCAAUCUCUGUGAGGGAGGAGAUAAUCACCUUCAGUGUUCAUUGAAAUAUCAGUUAUCUCCCUUGGGUGCUACCAACAGCAGAAAUAUUGUUGUGUCGUCAGUGAACAUGUGGAUACAGAUUCUGGUCAGCGCGACCUGUUGCAGUGUGGAAAGCUGCCAGUUCAUUUUUCUGAGGUGUGGUGAAUGUUGCUUGGUGUUGUAUGAGCCCUGAGGUCCACAUCUGAGGCGCAGUACUCCUUGCUUGUCUCCAGAAAUCUGACUAGUGCUCUGAGUAAAAUAUGAUAUGCAGCUCCAUUGUUUGUCCCAUUCCGUGUAACAGUUAAGAGUUAUGUUGUGUUAAUGUGAAGGUACAGGUCUGGCGGAAACCUGCGGAUGGUUUUGGGUUCCUCUCACCAUAAUGCUGGCUGCUGUUGUAUAAGUGAAAUAUUCUUGAGCACGGUGUAAAACACCAACCAAAUAAAUAAAUCUAUAAGGACAAGACCAUUCCUUAAUCAGUAUGCAACCUGUGUUCAUAGUUCAGAGUAGAAUGUGGUUUGUGAUCAAAACUAGUUUGUAGAUGUAAUGGAAUAACAUUUGGAAAUGUUAGAAACUAACAUGCUCUGAAAUUAAUCACCAACGUAAUCUUUUUUUAAAAAAAAAAAACACAUCCAGCUGAACUUGAUCCUAGAGUUUUUACACAGCAGUUUUAUUAAAUGUUAACCAAGGAAUUAUAAUCCAUGGAUAGCAUGGCUGUGAGUUUUACCAUCAGGAUUUGUGCAGUAAGAUAAUCAAGAUGUAGACUUUGUUUAAUUAUCCUUGUAGAUAUUUAUUAAAUGUUUACAGUGUUUUUAAUGUAAAUUUUUAUUUAAUGCACUUACAGGGACAUGCUUUAGGCAGAAAAAUUUGAAUUUUUAUCUGGUUCAGAAAGCAAUAGUUAUCAGGCAUAUUUAGGGUAUAAAUUUUUUUAUUACUGUUUAGAGUACUGGUCUCUAUUUGCUCAGUGCUUUAACAGCUUUAGAUUGCUGUACAUUGUUAUUUUGUUCUUACUUUUUAUGCUACUAUAGAUAGACAUAGGUUGUAGUAUUUAUAACCUAACAGUCAAACGGUCACUGUUUACAAGGUUUGUGUUAUGGUUAUUGGUCAUAUGGCUUUACGGCAGGGAUUGGUUCAUGUUUGUAUGUUUUAGCUUUUAUUGAGGAGAAUCGUGGUUUACUGCGAUACACAUACAGUAUUGUGUGAACAUUAGCAGUUGCAUAGUUGCAUAUCUAAAGCUUUUGUGUGUGGCACACGGUUACUGUCAGCUAACGGGGAAACCCACAUGACAGGGCAAGAAAAUGCCUAGCUUUGUCAGUUGUGGAAUUUUAGUGUAAUAUGUGAUACUGUUUUGUGUAGUUAGCUCAUAAAGCAAUCACAGUCAACCACAGAUUUGGGUGUAGAUCAUUAAAAAAAUCCAACAGUUGGCAAGGGGUUUAUUUAAGCAUAUUGUGAGGACAUAAUUCUGUGUAGACUUAUUUUUUUCGUGAACCCCUGAAAUUGGCCAAUCCAACCAAUGUAGUUUUCUCUCCAAAAUAAAUUAUAAAUGUGCUUUAAUUCCUUAACCUUUUUGCAUGUGAAAUUUGAGUAGUACAUAAGUGAUGUCAUACCACUAUCAUACAUAUGGCACCAUACAACUGUCGCAUGUGCGGCACCAUGCAACUGUCACAUAUGCAGCACGCUACAACCGUCACAUAUGGGGUACCAUGCAACUGUCACAUAUGCAGCACGCUACAACCGUCACAUAUGGGGUACCAUGCAACUGUCACAUAUGCAGCACCAUGCAACUGUCACAUGCAGCACCAUGCAGCUGUCACAUGCAGCACCAUGCAGCUGUCACAUGUGCAGCAUGAUACAACUGUCACAUAUGCAGCAUCCUACAACUGUCACAUAUGCAGCACCAUGCAACUGUCACAGAAGCAGCAUCUUACAACUGUCAUACAUGCUGCACAACACAACUUUUUUCAUUUGUAGCAUCAUACAACCAUGCAGACCUGUUCUGUUCUCUGACAGACCACUAACAAAUAUGUAUUUGAAUCAUCACACAACCUUUACACCCGGAGCAUCAUAUAACCAUGCAGACCUGUUCUGUUCUCUGACUGACCACUAACAAAUAUGUAUUUGAAUCAUCACACAACUUUUACACCCGUAGCAUCAUAUAACCAUGCAGACCUGUUCUGUUCCUCUGACUGACCACUAACAAAUAUGUAUUUGCAUCAUCACACAACUUUUACACCCGUAGCAUCAUAUAACCAUGCAGGCCUGUCCUGUUCUCUGACUGACCACUAACCAUACAUGUAUGUGCAUCAUCGUACAACUUUUACAUAUGUAGCUGCAUUACAGACAUAAACAUGUAAAGACCUGUUAUGUUCUCUGACUUUUGUUUGAGGUUUUGUUCUGGUCUGUUUCAUAGUUUGAAUGUGACGGAUUUGUUUCUUUUGCUUAUUAGUCUGCCAACUUUGUCUUUUCGUAUUAAUAAUUCCAGAAAUGGUAAAAAAUUUAUUGGUGAUGUUGAAUUCAUACAGAUGUUUUAUGUUUUACACUUUAAAAGCAAACAUAUCCUGUUUAAAGAAGAGAAAAUGUUGUGAAAGAAAUUACAUGUACAGAUGAUAUGGGUUUAAACACUGCUCCUCAGCAAGGCAAAAACUUGGUGUGUGAUCAUGAUACAAAUAUUGAAUGUAAUCGCAAACAUUUGGUAACAUUUCUACCAAAGAUGGGGGCCUGUUAUGUGAAUUUUCGUCCAAACCAUGAAGUGUAUUUUGAUUUGUUGUAAUCUUUUUAGUUAUUUUCAUACAUGUUUAAAAACACAGUAAUUUGGUAUCUAAUGACCAGAAACAAAUAAUACUAUAGAAUAGAAUGUUAGUCAUUUCCAUCAUGAUAUAUAUGCUCAAAACCGUCAAGGUAUUUAAAUAGCUGAUCCUUGAUAAGCUCAAAAGAAGCUGAGUGAAGAACAAUAAACUUUCGAAACA